UUGCUAAAAGCAUCGUUAUUUUAUUUUAUUUUGUGCAAUAUUCAUGACAUUACUAAUGAAGAUGGCUCCCAUGUUGAGGUCAGAGCAGUGUUUAUUGAUUGCGAGCUUGACGAAAGAAAAGACGUAUCAUGUGAUAGUGAUAAUUCAAGAUUUCAACGUGAAGAAUUAUUUAAACACAACAUCUUACGAGAGUGUAAGAAGAAAUUAGCUUUGACUGUUAAGAUGAUUAGCGAACCUGGUAAAAGCUCAGGCGAUGAAUACAUUCCAAUUGAACACGUUUUCGAUGGGUCCAAGAAGAAGCGAGUUCGGCUUCUUGACCCUUUUGUUCUGCGGCUUCGUCGGGAAGAGCCUCUACAAGCGUACAAAAUCCGAAGGAUUGAUACAGUAAGCGGUAUUUUAACAAACUCAGAUGACCAUGCGUUUCAAGAAAUAAACAAAAAUAGUCGUAUGCGACGCACGUCAAAAACUUUGACGUCUAAUACUGACGAUUACAAUAUUGUACCUUUGCAGAUGCUGGAGCGUAGAAAACGUGGUCUUGAAACUUAUUUCAUUCAAGACAAUAAUGCUGGUAGAGAUAUGUCAAACGCAUCUUCAUAUUUUGAUGGUAAUAUUAUAAAAAUAAUUUUGUUUUUAUAA